AUGCUCGACCUAGCGUGCGCAGUCCUUGAUAAGAGCGACGCCAAAUAUGUCGUCUCGGAUACUACUAUUGCAGCCUACCAUCCUCAGGUCAAGAUCGAGAAGUGUACAGAUCCUGAUUGCAAGAACUCAGGGUGUGAGCGAGAUGGCGCCGAGACCGAUCCCAGUGCCAAAAACCACGGCCCACGCAUCCUCGUACUUGGAUCAGCUCUACCGCCCGUCGUGGUUCGAGAAGAAAUUACUGGCAUACGGAACGACCCAAAGGCAUUUCUGGCAGCUAGAGACCAGCUAGUGGAGGACCUGUGCCCGGUUCUGGACCAUUUCGUCUGUGGAGUGACCAAGGAGCUGUCUACGGAGGCCAUCAAGACUGUGUUACGGCAGAAUGGGUGGAGCUGGAAUGCGUGGAGAGGCGUCAAAGAUCUGGCGGCAUGA